CACGCACAUAUGUCACCCGUUAUUUAAACAGGAGCAGUCGCAUCAAGUUUCCAUUAGUGUGACAGUGAUAACACUCGGACAUACCAUCGGCUGAUAGUUCAUAGCUGUUAGUCACUGAACACUAACAGUAAUAGUUAGCUCUUUUUUCUUAUUUUCUAUUUUUUUACAAUUUAAACUGUUUUGAACUUCAUCGAACAUGGACAUCAAAGAGAGGAGUACGAUGACGGAGUUCUGGAAGGAGCACAGCCACCAGGCCACGGUAGAGGAGAUGAUGUUGGACUCUCAUGCCCAGGAGCUGACCCAGCACGAGCUGCCUGAGAUCCUCUCCCUGCUGCCCAGCCUGCCCGGCCAAAGGGUCCUGGAGCUGGGCGCCGGCAUCGGGAGAUACACCAGCCACCUGUUGACCCAGGCCAGUCACGUGACAGCGGUGGACUUCAUGGAGAGCUUCGUGGAGAAGAACAGACAGGACAACGGUCACCAUGGCAACGCCUCCUUCCUCCAGGCAGACGUCACCAAGCUGGACUUCCCCAAAAACAGUUUUGACAUCAUCUUCUCCAACUGGCUGCUGAUGUAUCUGAGUGACGAGGAGCUGAGGACACUAACAGAGAGGAUGCUGGGAUGGCUCAGCCCGGGAGGAUACCUGUUCUUCAGGGAGUCCUGCAACCACCAAUCAGGUGACAGUAAGAGGACAUUUAACCCCACCCACUACAGAUCGUCGGCCCACUACAGUCACAUGAUGACAACAACACUGAGGGAGGAGUCAGAGGGGGCGGAGAAGCAAGUGUUUGGCUUUGACAUCGUGCUCAAUAAAACCGUGCAGACAUACAUCAAGAUGAAGAACAACCAGAACCAGGUGUGUUGGCUGCUGGAGAAGGUGGGUCGGGACACAUCCUGUCAGGAGGGCUUCAGAACCUUCCAGCAGUUCCUGGACAACCAGCAGUACACGCGCAACGGCAUCCUGCGAUACGAGAAGAUGUUUGGGGCAGGAUACGUCAGCACCGGGGGACCAAGCACUACCAAGGAGUUUGUGGACAUGCUGAACUUGAAGCCUGGGAUGAAGGUGCUGGAUGUGGGGUGUGGCAUCGGUGGUGGAAACUUCUACAUGGCAAAGACCUUCGGCGUGGAGGUGCUCGGACUGGACCUGUCAGCCAACAUGGUGGAUAUCGCCAUAGAGAGGGCCAUGGAGGAGAAGAUUCCAUCGGUCCAUUUCGAGGUGGCUGACGCCACUAAGAGAGAGUUCCCAGAAGGGUCGUUUGAUGUGGUAUACAGUCGUGACACCAUCCUGCACAUCGACGACAAACUGGCACUGUUCAAACGCUUCCACUCGUGGCUGAAGCCCGGUGGCCAGGUCCUGGUCACUGACUACUGCUGUGGGGAGAGGCCCUGGACUCCUCAGUUCCAGGAGUAUGUCAAACAGAGAGGUUACGUCCUCUACACCCCAACACAGUACGGCAAGUUCUUACAUCAGGCUGGUUUCUCUAACGUACGUGCCGAGGACAGGACGGCUCAGUUCAUGCAGGUGAUCCGGACAGAGAUGGAGAGAGCGGCGGCCAUGAUAGACGAGUUCAUUAAGGAGUUCUCAGAGGAAGACUACCUGGCCAUAAUCAACGGCUGGAGCGACAAACUUAAACGCUGCAACACUGGGGACCAACGCUGGGGCCUAUUCCAUGCAACAAGGAACUGAGAGAGAUGAGAGAGAGAGAGAGGGAGAGAGAGAGAGAGGGGGGAGAGAGAGAGAGAAACAGAGACAGA